AUGAACAUCGCGGAUGCGCUUUCCAGAUUGGUGAUUGCCAGUGAACCGAUCGAAUCAUUCGAUGAUUCCUCUGAAGGACAUCUACUUUUCGUCUUGGAUUCAGGAAAUAUGGGAAUGAACUGGAAUGAAAUUGAGUUAGAAGCGGAAAAGGACAAGGAACAGAAUGAGAUUCGAGAAUCUCUGAAGCAAGGAAUAUGGAAAGAAGAACUGAGGGCAUACGAAUGCCAUGCUAAGUAUUUCCGUUUAAUGGGUGCUUUAAUUUUCAAAAAUGAUCGGGUUUUAUUACCACAUAAAUUGCGAUCAAGAGCACUUGAACUAGCACAUCAAGGUCACAUGGGAGCAGCGUCAAUGAAACGGAUUUUGAGGAAUCACUUCUGGUGGCCGCGAUUAAACGCGGAGGUUCAGAAGUACAUAGAAUGCUGCGAAACAUGUUUAAGACUUUCAAAGAAAAAUGCUCCACUUCCGUUGACGACUAGAGAGUUACCGGAAGGCCCGUGGGAAAUCCUACAAAUAGAUUUUUUCUCAGAUAAUGAUUUUGGCUACGGAGAAUUUCUGGUGGUAGUAGAUACCUACUCGAGGUACACCCAUGUUAUUGAAGUAAAAAAGAUCGACGCAGAUACAACAAACGCUGCUCUGGCCAAAAUAUUCGAAGUUUGGGGGUACCCUCUUGCGAUACAGAGUGACAACGGGCCACCAUUCCAGAGCGACACAUUCAUUAAGACGUGGGAAAAUAAGGGCAUCAAGAUUCGCAAAUCCAUACCCUUGAGUGCUCAAUCCAAUGGUGCGGUAGAAAGGCAGAAUAGCGGCAUUAAAAAGGCUUUGGCGGCUGCUCGAUUGGACAAUGUGCAUUGGAGAACUGCGCUGAAGAAUUAUGUCCAUGCACAUAAUAAAGUACGCCCCCUAUCUCGUCUGGGAGUUACCCCAUUUGAAUUGUUAGUAGGCUGGAAAUGUCGCGGUACCUUUCCUUGUUUUUGGGAAACUAAAUCUUCCGACUCAUUAGACCGCAUCGACAUUCGAGAAAAGGACGCGGUCUCGAAAUUGCAAAGUAAGAAGUAUGCCGACAUACGUAGAGGAGCUAAGGAUUCUCACAUCAAAGCAGGGGACACGGUCUUAGUGGCAACACAUAAGAAACAUAAAUCAGACCCAACAUUUUCGGAGGAAAGAUUCACAAUACUGGCUAGAGAUGGAGCCAAAGUUGUCGUUCGAAGCGAGCGUGGUGUUCAGUAUUCCCGCAAUGUCCAAGACGUUAAAAAAGUGCCUGAACAUCUGGAAGAGUUUGCUGAUAACAUUACUCAAGGAGGACAUGUUGUGAGAACAAAUAACACUGAAUUUGACGAUGAGCUUGAGCAUUCAGAACUUGAUAAUGCUGUAAAAGUAGGGGAUGAUAAAAUUAAUCGCCCAAGACGUAAAAUAAGGAAACCAUGUAGGUUUGAAGAUAUGGUUCUUUAUAGUAUCUUCGAAUAA